AUGGAACAAUCUAGUGAAAAUGAAAGAGUGAGUUGGAGGAAUAUGGAUUGUAUUCAAGAAGUUUCUCUAAAUGGAAGACUUGGAAGUAGUUUGAAGCCGAAUAAAGUUAGACAAGUGUUGGAGACUACUCAUUCUUUCAUUGCAAAUCAAAAGCAAAUGAAGAAUCAUUUUGAUUAUCUAAUGGAUAAAUAUCAAGCUUGGUUGUCAAUAACUAAGAAAACAGGGAAUGUUUAUGAUCCUACAACUAAUACCAUUCUUAUGUCAAAUGUCGAAUGGGAUGAAGCACUCUUUGAUGGUACUACUGCAACCGGAGUUUAUGGUUGGAGUCCUAGUUGUACAAUUCCUCGACCUGUUACCUCAUCUACAUCUCCUAAUAUGGAGACAAAUGCUUUUGCUGAAGAAAGUGCACCUAGUAACCAAAAUGAUGACGCUGUAAACACUUCUCCAUCUAAAUAUUCAAAUCCUUUAGGAGGACAAAAGAAGAAAAGAAAGCUCUCAUCUCAACAAGAUAUUGAUGAUAAGAUGUUUGUUGCAUUGGAUUUGUUAAUUAAAAAGAAUAGCGGUCCUGAAGUUGAGGACUGCAUGGAAAAAUUAAAUGGACUUGGAUGGGAGGAGCCUUUGUAUAGUGCAACUAUUGGUAUACUUUGUGAAGGCGAUAGCUAUAGAAAAGCAUGGAUGAACAUGAAAGACGUCAACAUAAUGGAGAAUUGGGGGGCAAUUGGUGCACUUGAUGGAACACUAGUGGAUGCUAUAAUCCCACUUGAUAAACAAAAUGCUUAUAGAGGAAGAGGAAAGGGAUGGGAAGGAGUAGCACAUGAUUCGCGAGUUCUAAAAGAGAUAAUAUCCAAUCCAAAUAAUUGUUUUCCAUUUCCUUCUCCAAAUAAGUAUUACCUAUGUGAUGCAGCAUAUCCAUGCACUCGGGGAUUUUUACCUCCUUACCAUAAUGUUCGAUAUUGGUUAGGAGAUUAUCAUCGUAGGCGUGCUGUGACGAAAGAGGAGAGGAAAGAGCGUAUCAAUGAUGAAUUAUUCAAUCACUUUGAUCAACCUCAAGUAAUCUUUGAGGAGGACUAG